UGGAUCAUGAUCAGCAGUACAUCCUGGUCUUGACAGAUAACGGUUAUCCAUAGGUCGAUACAUGUUAGCAAAAAUCCGGAGUUCCUCAUGGCAGCGAUUUGCGACUCUCUUCGACAACACAAGUAUGAUCUACCUGCUUGCGGUUACAAUACUUGCUGCUCUUGUGGCUCUUGGGCUCUGGCGCCGCUAUCUUACAACUAUAUCCGACGUUCCCGGUCCCGUGCUUGCAUCAGUGAGCAGAGCAUGGUAUCUUUGGCGUCUUGUUCGAGGGGACAUUGAUACACACUGCAUUGCUUUGCACGAGAAGCAUGGGCCGUUCGUCCGAAUCAGUCACGAUGAAAUCAGCGUGUGCCACCCUGAAGCCAUUAGACAGGUCUUACUCAGCCCGCUACCAAAGGCUGAGUGGUACGAAAUAAUGUCCUUGCCAGAUGCUCGGUAUCAGACGCCCAUGUCAGCAACAGAUCCAAAAGAGCAAGUUCGAAGGUCGAAGAACUUAGCAGCUGGUUUCGCCCUCUCUCAUGUUAUCAAGUCCGAACCCUAUAUAGAUGGCUGUAUUCGGCUCCUCAAAACCCGACUUCUAGAGUCCGCGAGGUCGGAGAAGCAAGUGCAUCUUGAUGAGUGGUUCAACUACAUGGCUUUCGAUAUCAUUGGCGAAGUUAUUUUCUCGCAGCGGUUUGGAUUCCUUGAGGCAGGCAAAGAUCUCGGUGGCUCCAUUGCGAACUCACGAUUGCUCGUACCAUAUGUCACCAUGGCUGGUUUCUUCCAGACUUUCCACCGGUUGACGGUUGGUAACCCUCGUAUCACAGACUGGAACCUCAUGCCCACGCAGCACAUACUGGAUACGACACUACGGGCCAUCGAAGCCCGAAAGAAGAAUCCUGACGUUCGUGAGGAUGUUCUGUCGCUUUGGAUGAGGCAACAUGAAAGUCACCCCGAAAGGCUUUCGGAGAAGGAACUCCACGGAUGUGUCAACAUGACUGUAGGCGCGGCGUCAGACACUGUUAGUGCCAGCUUACAGUCGUUCUUCUACCAUUUGAUCCGUCACCCUCAGCAUCUAGCCACCGCCAAGCAGGAGAUAGCGGACGCAAACUUGACCGAGGACAUCGUUGCUUAUGCAAAUGCCUCCAAGCUUCCAUUUCUCCAAGCCUGCCUCAAGGAAGGUUGGCGCAUGUUCCCACCGGUCCCAUUCGGUCUUGCACGAGUCGUGCCUACCGGCGGCGUCACGAUUAGCGGCCGUUACUUCGAACCAGGCACAAAGCUCAGUGUCAACCCACGUGUCAUACACUAUAGCCGCGAACUGUUUGGUCAGGACGCGUGCACGUACAACCCGCAUCGAUGGAUAGGCCCUCAAGCUAAGGAUAUCGAGAAAUACUUCAUAGCCUUUGGCGCAGGUUACAACUCCUGUCAAGGCCGCAAUAUUGCGCAGCUUGAGAUCUUCAAGGCUGCAGCCACGCUUCUGCGCGAUCUCGACUUCAAGCAGGUUGAUCCUGCACAAGAGUGGAAGUACGAGGCUUCUUUUGCGGCUGUGCCUCACGGAUGGCCGUGUUAUGUAUCGGAAAGCCUCACUGCGGUUUCUGAAAGAAAGGAUUAACCAGAAGGUUCUUAAUGCGUGCAGCGCAUCUUCAAAAACUCUGUAGCGUAACAAAAAAAACAAAAGACGCUGUCGCUU